AUGGUGUUGCAAACCUUGAAGGAGCAUCAGCUGAAUGCUAAGUUUUCAAAGUGUGAGUUCUGGCUGGAGAGUAUUUCAUUCUUAGGACAUAUGGUCUCUAGUGAAGGUAUUCAAGUGAAUCCUAAGCAAAUUGAAAUAGUAACUGAUUUGCUUAGGCCUACUACAGUUACUAAGGAAAGAUUUCAGAAGCCUAAGGACUGUUUAACUAUAACUCCUGUGUUGACUUUGCUUGUGAGUGGAGAAGGAUGUACGGUAUGCUGUGAUGCUUCUAAAGUUAAGUUGGAGUUUGUUUUGAUGCAGCAUGGUAAAGUGGUGGCUUAUGCUUCCAGGAAGCCUUCUAGUAGGUUAGCUCAUAUAACAAUUGAGAGGAGACCAUUGAUACAGGAGUUGCAUGAGCUGAAUUUUGGAUAUAACUACUUCAGGUGCACUUUUCGCACAUUUCAGAGUAUGGCCAGAUCUGCGAGAUAG